GAAUGAUGCAAAGUUCUUAUCUGUAACUCUAAAUUUGGAACAUCAUCUGGCAUGGCUUCUCUUAAAGGACAUAGAAAAAACGUAUAGAACAACUAAACCUUACAAGCAGAUAAUCCUUCGAAACAUCACAUCAAUGGUCCGGCCUUGGCUGAAAAGAUACAACGUGAGGUCGUCGCGCUUGGAGAACAGGUUCAUCAGAUGCCAGAAGCUCUAA